UGGAUGAGACAGACGUCAUUGCUUAGCUGAAAGUGGAGUGAGUUCUGUGUCGCCGCCUGUCACAAAAAAAGGAAAAAUUGCUUGGAAUUAUUUGUUUUAAGAGUCACUAACGGAAACAAAUAAACCGGGCUUCCUCCGAUGCCGCUGACGCCAGGCCAGCGGGGGGUGUGAGAGAGAGGACGACCUGUGCGCUCGAUCCAGAGGAUGACGGUUACCGCGGGGACGGGGGGGCCACGAGGGGCCCCUGGGUUUGGGAGGGUCUGCCUGCUGCUGCCCCUCCUACAGCUGCUGCACCUGGCCCAAGCAUCGGCCCCUGGGGGACACCGCGCCCCCCGGCUGCAGCUGUCGCACGCAGACCUGCAGGGCAGGAACAGCUCGACGGUGUUCUGGGGUGCUGGUUUCGUGGGGGGGUACCAGUCCCUGCUGCUGGAUGAGGACCGGGGCUGGCUGCUGGUGGGGGGCAGAGACCACGUCUACUUGCUGCAGUCCGACAGCCUGACGCUGCCCGCACGCAAGAUUUAUUGGCCGGCGGAGAGGGAGCACGUGGAGCACUGCAAAUCGGCGGGAAAGAGCGCUGAGACGGAGUGCGCUAACUUUGUGAGGGUCCUGCAGCCGUUCAACAAAACACACGUGUAUGUCUGCGGGACGGGGGCUUACCACCCCCUCUGCACCUACAUCGACCUGCAAAACACAGAGGAGCCCUCGUUCCAGUUGGAGUCGGGGAGGGGGAAGUGUCCCUACAGCCCUCUGGAGCCCUUUACCGCCCUCCUGACCGACGGAGAGCUCUACGCUGGCACGUCCGUGGACUUCAUGGGCACCAACGCCGGCAUUUUCCGCACGUCGGUCUACGGGAGCAGCCACCUCUACAUCCGCACCGAGGCCUACCAGGACCACUGGCUGAACGAGCCGGAGUUUGUGAGCUCCUUCUCCAUCCCCGACACGCACAGCCCCGACGACGACAAGGUGUACUUCUUCUUCAAGGAGACGGCCGUGGAGUCCAGCCAGUGGGACCGCCGCGUGUACAGCAGGGUGGCACGCGUGUGCAAGAACGACAUCGGGGGGAAGAGGAGUCUGAUUAACCGCUGGACCACCUUCCUGAAGGCCCGGCUCGUGUGCUCCGUCCCCGGCCCAGACGGACUGGACACACACUUUGAUGAGCUGGAGGAUAUCUUUGUCCUGGAAACUAAGGACUCCCAGAAUCCAAUCAUCUACGGAGUCUUCUCUACUUCCAGCUAUGUGUUUCGGGGCUCUGCGGUCUGUGUUUACUCCAUGGCCUCCAUUCGUGCUGCCUUCAACGGGCCCUUCGCCCACAAGGAGGGGCCGGACUACCGCUGGGUGGAGUACAAGGGCCGGGUCCCGUACCCCCGCCCUGGCACGUGUCCCAGCGAGACCUACGACCCUCUGCACAAGUCCACGCAGGACUUCCCCGACGACCUGGUCAGCUUCAUGAGAGGCCACCAGCUGAUGUGGGAGCCGGUGGUGCCCAUCAACCGCCGGCCCGUCUUCAUGAGGACCGGCGCCCCCUACAGCCUGAAGAAGGUGGUGGUGGACAGGGUAGAGGCCGAGGACGGCCAGUACGACGUGCUGUACCUGGGCACAGAUACCGGCAAGGUGCUGAAAGCCAUCUCCAUUCCCAAGGAGAACUGGGAGAUGGAGGAGAUCGUCCUGGAGGAGUUGACUGUGUUUCAGAAGCCCACCCCUGUCCUGAACAUGGAGCUGUCAACCAAACGGCAGCUGCUGUUCGUGAGCAGCGACGCGGGCGUGGCCCAGCUGGGCCUGCAGCGGUGUGGGCUGUACGGCAGGGCGUGUGCAGACUGCUGCCUCUCCAGAGACCCCUACUGCGCCUGGGACGGGCACGCCUGCAGCGGCUACUUCCCCAGUAACAAGAGGCGCGCCCGCAGACAGGACGUGAGGUUCGGGGACCCCCGGAGCCAGUGCUACGACCUGGAGGACGGUUCAGACGGCGUGGAGGAGAAGGUGGUCUACGGGGUGGAGAGUAACUCCACGUUCCUGGAGUGCGUCCCGCGGUCGCCGCAGACCGAGGUCAGGUGGAGCGUGCAGCAGCAGGAGCAGAGCAGCAGAGAGUUGCUGUGGAGUGAGGGUCGUGUGGUGCCCAUGCAGCGGGGCGUUCUCCUGCAGCGUUUGGAGCCGGCCGACUCGGGCGUGUACGUGUGCACGGCCCGCGAGCACUCCUUCUCCCGGCCGCUAGCCCGCUACGCGCUGCGCGUGCUCCCCGCCGAGCGUGUGGCCGCGGCCCCGGCCCCCGCCCCGGCCCCCGCCCUGCCCCAGCCCGCGGCCCGGGGCCCCGUGGCCCCGUACGCCCACACCCCGCGGAGCUACAAGGAGCUGCAGCUGCUGGGCGGGGCGGGGCUGAGCGCGGAUGAGUACUGCGAGCAGCUGUGGUGGCGGGAGAAGAGGAGGCAGAACAAGCUGCGCAACCUCAAGUGGAAGCAGCAGGCCGCCAAGGCCCGCGUCCGCCGCCACGGGCCCCUGCCCCCGCCCGCCGGGGCGUAGGGGCCGGGCCGAGGGCCGCAGGGGGACAUGGGACAGGCGCCGAAAAUCUAGCCUCCAUUUUGUUUCGUUUUUUUUGACGCGUGAUAACAUAUAUCCUCAGACACAGGGCGGCAGGGGAAAAUGGGACAGGCGCAGAAAAUCUAGCCUCCAUUUUGUUUCAUUUAACGCUGUAGACUUUGACGAAUGCCUGUGUCCCUUUUCCCCGUUGUCCCGCCCCCCCCCCGAGUCUCCCAGACUUGCCGGCAUGAACCGGUUCACUCGGGAGCGCCGACCGACUUUAAGGCGGACGGCACACGCUCCCUACCCAUAAUUCCCCUCCCGUGUCCCCGCCGCAGCACUCCAGAUGCGGCGUCCAUCUUGUUUUCGGGGUUUCCGUGCGUGUGGACCGUGCUGGGUAAAUCUGCUUCGCGUUUCCGCCGCGGAGCGUGUCUACUUUUUUCGGACAGGUUGCCAGAAGCGCUUCACGCUACGGCGAUCCCGUUUUCCCCGCGGUCGGGAGCGGCGUGGGGAACGGCCGCUCUCCGGAGCCGAGGAGUCGCCACUCGGCCGCAUCUGGAACGGAUGAAACCCCAGAGCCCCGCAGAAUCAAAGUGAUAAAGGCCUUCUCUGGCGUGUUUCAGCACCUCCUCAACAUCUUAAAAGCAGAAAAUGUCUUCAAGCAUCCCGGUAACCAAGGCCAGGAUUUUCCAGAUGGACUGGGAGUGUGGAACCAGCCUCCCCGCAUCAUAAAGCACUGCGAUUUGUGCAUGUUUUUCCAUUUAGGUUUGGUACAUUGUAAAUCUUUAAAUGUGGGGGUUGUACCUUUUUCACAUUUUUAUAUUCAUUUCUAAUAUUCUGUUCAUAUGCCAGACCAUGGCAAAUUCAGAACAGGAAACACAUUAAACAAAACUGUUUUUGACUUUCAAACUCUUUUUCUGGAGCUGGUGAAGCAUAUGAUAUUAUACCAGGAAGGAUUCUAAAGAACGUUGUGAAUGUUGUUUAAUGGAAGAACAGAAUAUAGAGACCUUACUGAUAAUUCAGAAAGUCAAAAUGUACCUAGACAUUUGUAACAAGAAAUUAUCCAAUUUCAAGGUUUCUUAAGUGUUCAACACUAGAUUAACUAACACUGAAAUGAUCAUACAGUAAUACAUGUUAUUACAUUCUCUGCUGCAUGUGAAUUCUUACAUGACUUGUGAUUUAUUUUGUCAGUGAUUCUUUCUUUCACAGCACAUAAUGUAAGUUCUUCUUGUGUGACCAAGAAUAUGUAUCUGCAUAGUAUAAUCUUUUCUUUAAAAUAAACACAGUCGCCCCUGUCUUCAGGCAGAUCAUAGUACGGACCAUAGUACAGCAUAGUACAUAACACACCCAGUAGGACAGUACAGUCUGAAUUUAGAUAAACAGCUGCUAUAUCAUGGCUUUAAGAACAUCGGCAUUCCCAGGGCAUUCGAAUGUGAUUGCAAUGGUUGAGUUAGUUUUAAAACGGAUCAUUUACUAAGCUGUCAUAAAGCACUUGAUACAUGCAGUCAAUGUCCUUGCUUCAAUGUGUAUUUUAUUGUAAAUGUAUUAUUUUUAUAGGCUAGGAACACAGAACCAGACUGUGGUUCAAAUUGUGCUUUUUUAUACAAUGAUUCUGACACAACGCACAUAAUUGUAUGUUUUACAACAGAGUUAGAAAAGUGUGUUUGCAUUUUGUGCUGUUCAUAUUUUUAGAGUCAUUAAAGUAAGGUGUUUCUGCGGAAUCAGUAACAUUUCUUACAGAAACACAAAACGUAGGACUGUUAGCUGUCUCCAUCUAGUGUUAUUUUGUGUCCACAGCAUGAGUCACAAGUGAAAUGUUUGUUAUUUCAUUAUUUUUCAAUACUGUUAUCAUUGAAAUAAUACUUCCUCCUGUAGAAUGUUUUUUUGCACACUCUCGUUUUCUAUUUAAUUAUUUACAGCGAGGAAUUACAUACAAUUAACGUGUUCCAGUAUUUCUGUUUUUGGGGAGAAAAAACAAUUGUGUAGAUCAUAUCAACCUCUGCAAUCAAUUAAAGCUACCAACAUAAAAUCUAUUUUGAAAAUAUAUCAAUAAUUAGGACGUGAUCUUUGAGAGAUUAUUUUCAUUUUAGCAUAGAUGAUCAUUAUGUACACUUUAUUCUCUAAAACCUUGUUACUGGUAUAUUUUAAGUCAAAUGUCAGUGGUUACCAUAUUAAAUACAUUCCCUUUUUUCUGUUUCUGUAUUGCUAUUUAUAUUACCAACGAAAUUCAUGCUAUUUAAUGUGUGAGCCUACAUUAGUCAACUAUGAAAGAACUGGAACGAAUACCCCAUGUCCAUUUAUUUUAUUGACCAAUGCAAAUAUAAAAUAAUGGGAAAAUACUGUAAUCCAGUACCAUAACCACUGAAAAUGAGGAGAAAACAUUGUAAUGUACAGUCUAAUGUAUUUAACCGACAAUGUACUCAUGACACAGCUAAUAUUGUUGCCCUCUUAAUAAAAAUAUUUUAUGUAAA